AUGACAAUAAUCAUUCUCUCCAGGGGAAAAUGCGCCCUUUCUGAUUCGACUUCUGCUUACAUGGUCGCCAUGGCAACAACGCCGCUUCUGAUGAUGAUCUUCAAUGUGCAUCACAUUUUCAGUUUUCACUUUAUACAUCCCUUCUUUUCCUUAACUGGAUUUUGCAAGUUUGUUAUCUACAUGAGCUCAUCCAACCUGUACAUGGCUGUGUGGUACACAGUCUUGUUCACAUUUGAUCGAUAUGUAGCUAUAUGUUGUGAGAAGCUGAAAACAAAGUAUUGCAGGCGGAGGAAAGCAGCUAUAGCUAUAAUGAGCACCACUGUCGUAGUUUAUCUCGCAAACCUACCCUAUUGGAUUGCAUAUGAACCUGAACAAAUAAUUGAUCAGUUACAGUGGGGUUGUCGCCUCAAUUUGAACUUCUUCUCUUCUCCCGCAGGUGAAGCAUUCUCUUGGCUGCAAAGUAUUUUAACUGUUUGUCUUCCAUUUUCUUUGAUAUUCAUGUUUAAUUCCUUAACGGUCAGACGCAUUGUAGUCGCCAACAGAGCUCGCAAAUCCAUCCGGGGAUGCAAAAAUGAGAGUCAAAGAGACCCAGAGUUGGAGGUUCGAAGGAAGUCCAUUAUUUUACUCUUCGCGGUAUCGGGCAGUUUUAUCCUUCUGUGGCUGACAGCAGCGGUGAGCUUCUUAUCAACAAAGAUAACAGACACUGCACGUUAUCAUGGUGAUCAUGCAAAUCCUGCCUAUAUUGCCACUGAAACUGGCCACAUGCUCAUGUACUUGAAUUCCUGUACUAAUGUAUGCAUUUAUGCAGCCACACAAAGUAAAUUCAGGCAAGAGCUGAAGAAAGUGUUGAUAUUUCCUUGGUUAUUUAUUCUUAAAUUAACUAAACGAAAUUAA